ACAUAAAUGGUGAUAAACAUUAAAUUUGGAAAUUUAUUUAAUUAUUUCCGGUUAAGUUUGAAGUCAAAUAUCAUUUAAUAUGGACUUCUUUUAAAUAUGGAGAUUUGUUGAUAGGGCCUUUGUCAAUUUACAAUCUAUCGGUUCGAAUUUUCCGAGAUUUGAGUCACUCGAUUCAGCUUCCAAUCUUCUUAGGUAUUGUGAUUGAGUUUAGUUCACAAAAUAUGGAUAUCUCAAGUGACGAAGAGUUAACCCAAACCAUGUAUUUUGACUCAUAAUGGAUAUUAAGGUUUAAUAAUUGGUCUCUUUUACAGUUUCGAGUCCUAAUCAGUCCACUAAAUUAUAAAAUUCAUAUUACUUACUUUUUUUAACCUCAUAUUAUUUACUUCAAUUUAUUUUUAUUCUUCUACAAUUUUUAUGUACUCCAGAACCAAUAUAAUUUUAAUAAAAUAUAACAAUAUUUUUUCUGGACAACUAAAAUAUAACAAUAUAAUUUCGAUAUUUUAGUCUAUUCAUCCCGCGGUAUCACCUAGUCAAAUUUUAAAAUGCCUGUUGUUGCAAUUCGAUAUAUAAUUGUAAUUAGCGGUUGAUAGGAAUCUAAUGAUUGCACCUAAUAAUUAAACAUGGAUAAAUUAAAAAGAGAAUACUGUUGUGUAAUAGACAAAACCAAAGUUAAAGAGAACGGUCAAACCUCAAGUAGUUGACUUUCUAAAAGUCAACGCUGCUUCUCCAACUUUCUGUAAUUUUCAUUAUCAACAAAAACUAGUAAUAUCCCACCAAAUUGCACAUCAAGAAAACUUAAUCAACCAAUCAAAACAACUCAGACUUGGAACAAUUCAAAGUCAGAGAAACCUUAUAAGCACCAUGAUCCAAACAUGCAAACUCAAGAGACAAACUUCCAAAGUGAUCAAUGGAGUACAAACAUUUUAGCCAUCCACACAAUCUAAUCCUCCAACAGUUUCAGACAACUACACCCUCAGAUUCUUUAGUCAUUUGCUCAGGCUGUGAAUCAUCCAUCUCUGAAUCUGCAACCGCAUACAUCUGUUCAACAUGUGACUUCAAACUCCAUGAGCAAUGUGGAAACGCAGUGCGUGGGAUCCAACACCCUUCCCACUCGGGGCUCCACCACUUGACUCUAGUCCCUUACACCACUUACAGCGCUGGUACCUUCCUCUGCAGAGCCUGUGGCUGCACUGGAGGUAAAGGGUUCUCUUACUGUUGUCCUUUGUGUGACUUUGACCUCCAUGUCCAAUGCGCUCAGUUGCCUCACGUUUUGGUUCAUGACUCUCACCCUCUCCAUAGUCUUCUUCUUGUUUACAACAGUACUCCUCCUGCUAUGCCUUUUACUCAGUUUGGUUACGUGAAUCAGCUUGUCUGUAAUCUCUGUAACGUGGGUAUGGAUGGUAGGUUUUGGUCUUAUAACUGUUAUGCUUGUAACUAUCAUGUUCAUGCUUCAUGUGCUGUGAAUAAAACCAAACCAGUGGCUGCUGCCUCUGCUGUUGAGAAAUGUGGGACAACAAGUGAUGAAGGAGGGGCAGUGAGCGGUGAAUCUGUUCCUGCUCAGGGUUUGGAGACGGAGCAGACUCAACAACCAGCUGCAACAGCAGAGCAAGUCGAAGAUCCAGCUUUGAGGCAACAGCUUGAACUUCAAAGGCUUCAGCUUGAGCUAGAUAUGAGUUCUGCUCUCGCAAACAUGAUUGGCUCCUUCAAUCUCAGUUCUCUCGUUUGAAAGUAUCUCUGUGGUACUGCUAUGUUGUCUUUUUCAGUAUUUUUGAGGUGAUGCAUUUACAAUUGCACACAAAACUUGGGAUUGUCUUUGUUCUUGUGUUCCGAAGUGUUCUAUGGUCUGAAUGAAUAAAAGUUUCAACG